UCUCGCGAUAGCUCGACGUCGACGAGGGGAGUGUCAAAUUCCAAGAGAGGAGAGGAGAGGGGAUCCAGAGAGAGAGAGAGAGAGAGAGGGGCGCAAGGCUACAUUGCAAGCUCUUUGCAAAAAUGGGGGACGACCGACCUUUUGUGUGCAGUGCUCCUGGCUGUGGACAGAGGUUUACCAAUGAAGACCACUUGGCCGUACACAAACACAAACAUGAGAUGACACUGAAAUUUGGACCACCCAGGACCGACUCUGUCAUUAUAGCAGACCAGACACCUACUCCCACUCGCUUCCUAAAGAACUGUGAGGAAGUUGGUCUGUUCAAUGAGCUGGCCAGCUCCUUCGAACAAGACGACGAUGAAAAGAGGGCUAAGAACUCUCUCCCUGCUGCCAACUCUGUGGCUUUGGACAUGACCCUGCAGACACCAUCAGAAGUGAAGGUGAAGGAGGAGGAACCUGUAGAGGUCGACUCUUCGCCACCAGACAGCCCCGAAUCUAUCUCUGGACAGUCUGACAGCAGCCGAGAGCCUCUGGUUAGAGGAAAGGACACCCCCCCUAGGAGUUCAGCCCCCACCCCUACUAUUGUGCGUCCAGGUUCCCUCCCAUUACACCUGGGCUUUGAUGCCCUCCAGCCCACUAUGCCAUCACCGACCUCUGUUAUCACACAGGCGCCACCCUCCAGUCGAACUCUGGGAAUGGAGAGAGGUUGGGAGAGAGAUGGAGGCUUACAGCUCUACAAAGAAGCAACGGCACAAAGACUAAGUUCGCCAACCAGCCACUACCCCAUGAUGAUGCUUCCUUCUGGCCAGGCAGUGCCUUUGCUCCCUGGUCCUGUACAGAUACCCUCUGUAAUUAAUCUGGCCCGACCCUUGUGCAUGGUACCCAACAUUCCUGGGAUCCCCGGUCCUCCUCUGGGAGGCAGCAGCAGCGGCUCUAACUCUCCCUCUGGCUACAGCAUCCACUCAGAGGCCAAGAUGCGUCUGAAGGCUGCGCUGUCCCAGCAGAGCCCAUCAGGACAGAGUAUGGGGGUCUUGGCCAUGGGUGGCAGCCCCAUGGUGCCUCAGAGGGCGGAGCAGAGCCAGCUGCUCGUCCAGCAGCCAGAUGCUCCAUCACCUGCACAACCACAGGUAUCACCCGCACAGCCUACAGGUGGGCGGCGGCGGCGGACAGCAGACGAUGACCCAGAUGACCGAAGGCAGCGCUUCCUCGAGAGGAAUCGGGCCGCGGCAUCGCGCUGCAGACAGAAACGCAAACUGUGGGUUAGUUCCCUGGAGAAGAAGGCUGAGGAGCUCAGCAACAUGAACGUCUCACUGUCGAAUGAAGUGUCUCUGUUGCGGAACGAGGUGGCUCAUUUGAAGCAGCUGCUGUUGGCCCACAAGGACUGUCCUGUUACCAACCUACAGAAGAAGACUGCCUACUUAGUUGCAGAGGAGAGCAUGAAAGACACCUCAGAGCCCACAGGUUCUCCUGCCCCGGUGAUCCAGCACAGCUCCUUGGCGCCCAGUCACUCUGCAGGGCACAACGGCCUCAGCUCAAGGGCAGCGGCAGAGGCCAUGGCAAUGUCUGUGCUGGCAGGAAUGGGCCAGCAGCAGAGGUCUGAGAGUGGACCCUCUCAUAUUAUCAUGGCAUCAUCACAGUCUCGAUCUGCUGCCAGAUGAUGAGCGAUGCCACCAUGGCCAAGACUUGGCUCCCCACGAGGGGCAAAAAAAAGAGCAGAGGACACCCCCUCCUGUCCCAUCUUCCUCAAUCUAGAAAUCCAAAUAUCUCAUCUUCUCUUCCCCCCCCCCCCC